UACACGCAAAGCACGUGCACCUACUUCUGUUGACAAUGUCUCUUGGUAUGAGUGACGCGACAGUGGACUUUUUAAUCGCGUACUUGUCCAACACAACUGAGGUGGACUGGAUGCGGGUGUCUUUAAUGGUGGCCGCAGAUAUGCUGAGGGAGCGGUGGCGGGCGAAGAAGCGCAAGCCUAUCGAAAAGAUCUUGAAGCAACGGCGUAGGUUGGGUGAAUAUUUCACCCUUGUCCGCGAAAUGCGUCUUGGAAACGGCAUGUACUUUUUCGAGUACUUCCGGAUGUCCGUCGAAAGGUUUGAUCGUCUUCUCGCUCUGGUGGAUCCGUUGAUACGGCCAAAAAGGGUCACCUGCAACACUUUGUCAUCCGGCGAGAAACUGGCAUUCACGUUGCGAUUCCUUUAGGUAGCCCAGCUGAACUUUGGGUUGCAGAACCAGCGUAAAUUGCGGAGCUGAAUAAACCUGCUGCAGUCGUGUU